GUAAAAUUUUCGUUGACGUUAUCGCGUCACAGAAGACCUUUUCUGGAAAUAAUUUCAUAUUGUUUCUGUUUGCAAAUAAAAUGAAACAAGACUCAGCACUGGAACAAGCUAAAGAUGUUGAUUUUAUCAUUAAAACUGCAAUUGAAAGAGAUCCAAAAAAAAGAAGAGUCAAACCUGUUGAGCAGGCGUGUGUCUUAGAUUUUGAUGAAGAGAGCAGUGACGAUUCAGAUUUCAGAAUCGAAGAUCAUCCAGAAAUUAGUGAUGAUGAGGAGGACUCCAACACUGAUGAAAAUAAAGGAAAACAAUCUACCAGUGAAUCUGAAAGCGAAGAUUCAGAACUGGAUAAAUUAGAUGAACUCAGAAAUUUAAAUCCACCUGAUACCAAUGGGUUUUCUUCUAUUGCAAAUGUGAUCCAAAAAGCUGGUUUGCAAUCUCAACUAAAUUUUAAUGAAAAAGAUGCAGACCUUUUCAUUUGCUGUGGAUGCUUGGGAGACCAUAGCGAUGGUGUCAAUGAAAUUGUUGAAUGUGACAGUUGUGGAGCCACUGUUCAUGAGGGCUGCUAUGGCAUUUCCGACUCAAACAGUCUAGCAAGGAGAGAAAUGUGUAGAUUUGAUCAAUUGAAUAUUUUCAGUACCAAUUCACUGGCACCAACAGCACCUUGGUUCUGUGAAGCUUGCAGGGCAGGAGUGAAAGAUCCUGUCUGUGAAUUGUGCCCAAACUCAGGUGGCAUUUUCAAGGAAACUGAUGUCGGAAAAUGGGUUCAUCUAAUUUGCGCUUUGUACGCACCAGGGGUUGCUUUUGGAGAAGUCGACAAACUAACUAGUGUAACCCUUUUCGAAAUGCCCUAUAGCAAAUGGGGAACAAAAACUUGCAGUCUUUGCGCUGAUGAGAGAUUCUCUAGAACUGGCGUUUGUAUUGGUUGUGAUGCUGGAAUGUGCAAGACAUAUUUUCAUGUCACUUGUGCACAAAGGGAAGGAUUUCUCUCAGAAGCUCACACAGAAGAAGUGGAUCAGGCCGAUCCGUUUUAUGCACACUGCAAGCUCCAUUCUGAUAAAACUCUUGUGAAAAAACGUAAGAGGAACUAUUUGGCUUGGCAGCUUCGAAUGCAGUAUAGAAAAAUGAAAUUUGAUAAGGAGGGUCAUAUGGAGUCUCCAGAACAAUUGGUGAGUGAAGUGAAACCUAUGAUAACUGAUAUAUCAAAUCAGAGUAUGGAGUAUUACACUGUUUCAGCAGAUGAUUCAAUUAGCUGUGUUUCUGAGUCAGUAGUGGCGGAUCUUAAUGGUAAACUGGAAAAAACGAGUUCACCAAUUUUCAGCAUCUCGGAAGAUAAUUCAAGCAGCCAUCAUAGUUGUUCCUCAAAUUGUACUUGCUGCUGGAUGGUUUCGUUUAAAAAUCACAACAAAUAUGAAGGAAAUUUAAGCGACAAUUUAAUGGAAGGCAAAGGAGUGUUUUAUUGGCAUGAUGGGUCUGUUUACAGAGGUGAAUUUAAAGAUGGAUAUCCGUGCGGUCAAGGCAAAAUAACUCUUCCCGAUUUGAGCACUUACGAAGGACAAUUUUGUAUGGGGUUUUUUCACGGCAGUGGAAAUUUCAGUGUUAAAUCAUCGCCGAUUUUAUAUAAUGGCGAAUGGAAGAUAUCCAAAAGAAACGGAAAAGGUUGGCUAUUUUAUGAAACUGACAAUUGGUAUGAUGGUCUUUGGGUGAAUAACAAGAAACAGGGCAGUGGAUACAGACACUAUCCAAAUGGUAGUAAAUACAGUGGGAAUUGGGUAAAUGAUUGGAUUAGUGGAGAAGGCAGCAUGCUGUGGGAAAAUAAUGACUAUUACAGAGGAGGCUGGCUCAAAGGUCAGCGUCAUGGCUAUGGAGAAUAUACAUGGAACCUAGUAGACCAUGGCAGUUUCGUAUUUCCCAAUUACAAUACCUACAAAGGGAAUUGGGUUAAAUGCAAAAGAUCAGGUAUAGGCAUAAUGGAUUUUGGUCAUGAAAGUGGUGCAAAAUUUGCUGGUACAUGGCAAGAGAAUCGAAAACAUGGCCCAGGAGUGAUGAUUUGCGGUAACGGAAUGAUUUUGGAGAGAAAUCCAAUUUUCUGGGAUGACAAACCUGCAACAUUGGAUCAUAAAAUCGAUGAAUCUUCAAAUUCGCUUCUUUGCCCUAGUACUGAUACUAAAGAUAAGAGCGGAUUAAAGAUUUUUAAGAGUAUUUCUCAGCAAAUUUUUGCAAAGGAAAAAUUGGACGCACUUACCACCGAAUCCAUAGCAAGCCUCAGCGCAAGCAAUGCAAACAUCAAAAUGAGUCAGUACAUACAGUUAUUGCAAAAUAAAACUGGAAAUAUGCCAUCACUCAAAAUUCCUAUACACAAUGUCAUCCAUGAAGUGGACUUGGAAUAUUUUAUGGGGGAUAUCACUAAUUCAAAGAGUUUUAUCCCUAAUGAUGACAGUAAAGAUGAAAUUGAAACCAUGAUUAAUUCCAAGGGCGGAAGCGUACGGAAUUCCCCCUCCUGCUGGAACUAUUUACCCUCCAACGCCGAAUUAAGCAAUUGCGAUCCCUUCAGUACUAGUCAGCAAUACCCGCCUAGCUCCAUUGAACUAAAAAAUCUAAUAAUAAAUUAUCUACCACAACUAAGGAAUAUUUAUAAAAUGUAUGCCACCCUGUGCGUUGAUGAAACUAGUAAUUUAUCAUUUGAACCUGUCUUGAUUAGGUUGUUUUUAUGGCAACUCUAUCGAGACAUAGGUGUAACCAACAGUGGUGGCUUAUCAAUUGUAGAUAUUGAUGAAAUGUUAAUGAAAAAUCCAAAUAGUUGCUUACAAACAUUAAACAAUCCUUGGGAACCCAUUUAUUUCUGGCAAUUUCUACAGGCUAUUGUUGGGGUGGCUUACCUACUAUUCACUACCGAAAAUCUUAUGGAGUUUACACCUUCUAGCGGAUUCAUGUACCAUAGGAUUAGAGAUUUUUUGGAUAAAAAAUUGUUAGUGAAUGCUGGUAAUUUCCAAGGAAAUUGCCUAACACGUUUACGGAACUUAGUUCCUAUAGAUUGGGUAUAUAGGUUAUAUACAGAAGUCGGAGAACAUCAUACAAUUGAGGAAUUAUUGAAAAAUACUCUUCUAAAGCCUGGUCAAAAAACUCCUUGCUACAAAAACCUAGAAAAUGAAACAGAUAGUGAAUAUACAAUAGAAAAUGGUACUAACGUUGUGGUUUCAAACCAUCAAUUAACAUAUUUGACCCAGUCAGAAACAAUAGGAUAUGUCAAAAAAUAUAAAGGCCUCAACGAAUUUUCUUGUUUAGGCCGGAGAAAAAUCCUAAAAUUUAUAAGUAAAAUAUGUCCUCAAAUUUUAUUACCGACAGGAAAAUAUCAAUUACAAUACAGAUUAUCUUUUAUUGAAUUCUAUGAAGCUAUACUGUUGUUAUCUUUUGAAAAAGUUGAAUUUGAUAGAUUAGCGAUUAUUGAAGAUUUAAAGUUGCAGUCCAAGGUUGGAACCAAGUUUAGUUUGAGGGACAUGUCCAGAAUUUCGACGCAUUCGGCUGGAAAGAAAAAGAAGUCUAAGAAAUGA